GGAAGUCGUGCGUGCCGGUUGAUAAAGAAAGUCUGCAUUAUCAUACUUCUUUCGUCAUUUUAACAUAGUUUCGUUUGUAGAUGCGAUAAUUAACCAACAUCUAGAAAGGCUGUUUUAGUUCGUUCGUCUCGUCUUAAACAAUUAUGGAGGUUGUCUUUACGUAACUCUGAUCGCCAAACAGAACUAUAACUCGCUCCGUCAUGACUUCUAUGACAUUCGGGCAGAAAAAGUUCAUACCCACCGCACCGGAGAAGGGCAGCUUUCCGCUCGAUCACGGUGGCCAGUGCCGUAAGCUGAUGCUGUUCUACAUGCGCUGUUUGCGCGAAAACGGGGACGAUAAUUCUGCCUGCCGCCAGGAGUCGAAGGCAUAUUUACAGUGCCGCAUGGACAACGAACUGAUGACACGGGAAGAUUUUGCCAAACUUGGCUACAGCGACGCUACACCGAAGACAAGCACCGACAAUUCGUAA